GAUUGACAAUUGUGCAGCGGACGUGGCAAAGACUUUUGUGGUGGCCUGCCUCGCACCAAAAGAGUGACAUGCCGCCGCCGCCGGCAUCUCUCGUGACUCGGUUCGAUGGCCCCCGCUGUUAUGCCGCUGUAUCUAGUAUCCGGCGCUUGGAUUUCUUUCAUUAAAUCGAACGGCAAGCCUCGAGGCCCCCCUUAAUAGCCACAGUAACCGGUUCGAACCAAAUGCAGGCGGCGCAUUACGCUAAUAUCACUCUCUAUGAUCUUCUGGGAGUCCGUAAAAGGGACAAAAAGCUCGCCUCGAGGCACUACCCUGUUCGUCAUACGUAACCUUGUCAGACUAUAUAUUAUAAGGCCCUCAUGGCACCUGCAGGGGUUUUGCUAGCGAAUAAGCUGGAUAUCGAUUCUACUCCCGACCUCAGAUCUCUGUCCUUGGCGCAAGUGUAGUGAAAUGGGCUUCUUCUCCAGCGUGUCUAACUUUUUCUUCGAUGCUGGGAUCAUGUCUUGGGAUGUGCUCCUCACACUCCUCAAUCUUGUACAUAGGAAACGCCGUAUCGGUCACGUCACCCCCGAGGGCCAUCCAGGCUAUGGAGGGCUCUGGCCCGAGUUUAGGCCUCCUCAGGAAGGUGACUCCCGCUGUUCAUGCCCAGCACUCAAUGCGAUGGCCAAUCACGGCAUCCUCUCGCGCAGUGGCCGCAACAUCUCAUUUGUCGACCUUAACCACCAAAUCCGGGCAACGUACAAUUUUGGUCCUUCCUUCUGCUCUUUUGUCCCGCAUUUUGCCGCUCGCAUGCUCAAGAAAAGCUACAGCAAGGAUACCUUUGAUUUGGAAGAACUCGACCUACACAAUGGUAUCGAACAUGACGCAUCCCUCUUCCGUCUUGACACUGCCCUUGAACCAAACCAAUCGGUGAAACAAAUAUCUUUUAUUGAGGAGUUACUUGAGUCGGCUACCGGCAAGGACACGAACGGCAACAAUCUCCUUACCACCAGAGAUCUCUCCAGGAUUCUCGGCAAGCGUCGCGCAGUAGCGCGUGCAAUAAACAAGGAGUUUUCGCUCAGCUUCUUCCACAAAAUCUUCGGUAGUUCCAAUUCCUCGACACUGCUCACAAUCUUUGGAGGUCGUGUGGAUGACCUGCGCAGCAUUGUUCUUCAUGAGCGUAUUCCAGAAGGCUGGGAGUCACGCAUCCGUCAACCCUAUGGAUUGACUAUGACACGCUUCAACAAGACUGUACUGACGGUUGAAUUCGGGGUGCGCGAGAAAGAUUGGGCGGAAGCAGCGCAGGAAGCGGCAGCACGUCAUAAAGCUACUUAAAAUCUGCCAAGAAGACGUUGGAUCAUAUCAUCUUAGGUUGUUGUUCCCCACAUUUCACCCCUGUCGACAUUAUGAUGCGUUCAUGAUUUUCUACAUGCUCCUAUAUAUUGGAUGAUGUAUAUGUUGACGCCCUGGAUACUCAAACUCUUACUUGGAGACACCCAUAGCUUGAGGUGAAAUUAUCGAAAUUCGCUAUUCGUGGAACACGGAAAGAUGUAUCUGGGGCAGGCUCGACGAAAUCUACAUGCCUCUGAAAUUGC